GUCGAACCGCCCACCCCAUGGAAGAAACCACGGCUCCGUUUCCCUAGAAAUUGGCUGCCACUAGAGAAAUGUCAAUCUGAGUUUGUCCCCUCUGUGCUGGCUCCAAUACUAUCUCAGCCUCCUAUCUUCACCUUUGCACCAAUUAGGACUCGUCUUGGUAGCAGCUCUGACUUGAUCCUUCGGCUAUCCUUGUCUUGUUCCAGUCCGGUCUGUGGCUUGGGGUACAUGUAUUUUGAGGGUAUAUAAUAUAAACAUGCUCCCGCUCUCUCCUGGAGACAUUUGUCUGUAGUUCCAGAAAUUAUCUCACCUUUCCUCAACCUCUCCCACAAUCAAAUCGUCGACAUGCGCACCGCCGCCUUCACUCUCGUUGCUGCUGCCACUUUGGCUACCGCUCAGCUCGGAAGCAUUCCCAGCUGUGCCACUUCUUGUAUCUCUCAGGCUCUGCCCGCCAGCUGCAACCUCGACCCUAAAUGUAUCUGCUCCGAUGCUAGCUUCAUCAGCACCAUCUCUUGCUGUGUUUCGACUGCCUGUGACACUUCCGGCCAAUCAGCAGCUCUUGCCUAUGCCAGUCAGAUUUGCGCUCCCGUCGGCGUGACCAACCUCCCUACCGCUGCAUCGUGUGCCUCAGGCUCCGCCUCGGGCACCAGCGCCGCUGCUGUCGCAACUGCCACUGGAAGCUCUGCAUCAACCUCUCUCUCAUCAGCGACCCAAUCUCUCUCAUCCCUCGCCUCGUCGGCUAGCAAGAUCGCAUCCUCCGCCGCAUCUUCCGGAAGCUCUUCCGCCCGCUCGGCGACCAGCUCCGCCGCAAGCGCUGCUUCAAGUGUAGCUUCCAGCGCAAGCUCUGCAGCUUCAGCACAGUCUACUGGUGCUGCUGCUACCAUGGGUCCUGCUGGUUUGGCCGGUGCUGUUGCUCUUGGCGCUUUUGCCCUCCUGUAGGGUGCUUACUUCGAGUUAUCGCUUGAUGGAUUGUUGCUAUAGCCUACGAGCUUUUGUUUAUAUGUAAUACACGAAAAUGACUAUACCCUUUUAUUGAACGUACACGCUGCUGAAAGUCUGCCUUGUUUAUG